GUGUUUGGGUGGCACACCUUCUCAUCAGCAGCCCACGGUCAAGGUGGAGUAUUCAUUGAGACGUUUCCUAUAGCUGGGAUGCAUACAAAGGGCAAGAAGGAGAAGCAGUAAGCUACCUGGAUCUGGGUGGAGACUAUAUACUUGCCUAGCGCCAUGGAUCUAAAUAUACACAUAGGAUCUUCUGAUGUACCUUGAUGGAAGAUACCACUUGAAAUAUAUUACUAUCCAAAGAGUGACUGUCAUUACAUACAUAAGAAAGGGGACGGCAAGGCCAUGGAUAUUUCAACUGGAGACAUCCAGCAGGUUCUUUCCAUUGACCAAAUUCGUUCGAUCAGGGCCAACAAUGAUUAUGUGGAGCGACCAGCUAUAUCGUUCAUGCAGACUUGGUCUAAUCCUUCCCUUUCUCAACAUGCUGCAAAGCAAGAGUGGUCUAAUGACCACCUGGUGACCUAUAAUCACCAGGAUCUACAUCGCAGCCAAAGCCAUCAACACCAAUCACAACAUAUUAUCCAAGAUCUAAGUCAUUCCAGUACAAUAAGCUCAGUUUCUCGGAGUACCACAGCGUCAGACCAGAGACUGCUAACUGGAAUUACUCCAUCCAAUUCAGGGCAAUCACUUAUGAGGACACAGCCUAAGGAUGGUGACCUGAAGCAAGACCAGUUCAUUAAAGGGAUAAUGGAGAGGUCAGAUAGCUACAUGGGUCACAAUUUCAUCUGUGAGGAGUGCGGGCGUUGUAUUUGUGAUGAAUGCACACAAGUUCGGAAACUUCCUUCUUGUUGGAUUUGUAACCAGCGCUGUUUGUGCUCAGCCAAAAAUGUCAUUGAGUAUGGAACUUGCCUUUGUUGUAUCAAAGGCCUCUUCUACCACUGCUCUUCUGAUGAUGAGGACAACUGUGCUGACAACCCCUGCACUUGCAGCCAGGGAUCCUGCUGUGCUCGAUGGGCAUUCAUGAGCUUCCUUUCUUUCUUCAUGCCCUGUCUAUGCUGCUAUCCUCCUCUGAAAGGAUGCCUGACACUCUGCCAGAAAGGCUAUGACAAAGUAAAAAGACCAGGCUGUCGCUGUGAGAAUCAUACCAACACUGUCUGCAGGAAAAUAUCCUCCUCUAGUGGCACACCGUUCCCAAGGCCUUUUGACAAACCAGUAUGACCUAAGAAGACCAUCAUGGAUAUGAUCCUACUUCCUUUUCUCCUAUAGUACUUCCUGCUGUCCACUUCUUGGAAACACUUGGUGCCAGAGUCAGCGAAAGCCUUACCAACACCCUAAUAACAAUUCAGGAAUGUAAGAAAUAUUUGGGUGGAACAGUAUACAAUUACAGAAAGAUAUACAGAACAAACAGACACCUCUAAAGCUCCUUAAGUUCAUGCUGCAGUAGACCAGUGACUUUUGGUUCUGUAAUGUUGACAUUGAGAUCUCUGCCAUGUGACCUCCUC